AUGCAGGUGCAGGCAAAAGAGUCGCCCCACCGCAAGAGGGGGCCACAAGAUGAACCCCUGAGCCUUGACGCUAUUCGUGAAGUGGUCCGGGGGGAGAUCCAGGGAGCGGUCGCGGGCAUGACUGACAGAGUUGCUGCGCUUGAACGAAAUCUCCAACAGCACAAUGACAGGACAUUUCAAGCCGUGGAGACCCUGUCUGCCGGGCAAGCCGAUCAAGGUUUGCGCAUUGCGGAACUCAGUGCCGAGUCCCAGCUUGUUGCAGGCCGCCUGACGCAAUUGGAAGGCAAGGUCAAGCAAAUCCAGUCUGCGGGGAGCACCCCGUCAACCACUGAUGGAGGCAGAGUGCCAGCAUUGAUCAUGGGGGGAUGGCCCCCUGACACUCCAGCCAGCGAAGUCCUACAAAAAGCCAACGAGAUGGCGAGGGACCUGCAGCUCCAGCUUAACAUGACGGACGCCUUCGUCCCAGGAGUUCGCAGGGGUUUCGUCCUCAUCCCCUUGUCACCCCAAGAUGGCGAAUCUGAAGAAGCCAUGCGACAACGUACCCAAGCAUGCAUUCGGAGAGUGAAUAGUGCCAACGUUUCGCUAGGCCGCAAAGCUGAUGGCAACCCGGCAAAGCUUUGGCUUGCCGUUUCCCAGCCACCUGAACGCCGUCGACGCGCUGCCCUGGCAGGAAAGGUCAAGCGUCUGAUCAUCGAAGCAGGGGGGCCAAGCACCCUCGCCCGCAUCGAGCCAGAGUGGGCGACGGGAACAGUCUGGUUCAGGAACAGCAAAAUCAGCUCAGCUACCAGUGCGGGACCUCGGGGGUCGACCCCAGCAGGAUGCGGUUGGAUCGAUGUGCCUAGGAUUGCCGAACUCCUGGGUGUAGACACAGAGAGGCUGGAACGAGUGUGGGAGCCGCUGUUGGCGGCACUGCGGUGCGGACCGCAUUUUGCGUACAACGAGACCUGGAUGUUACUGCAUGGCAAAUGUGAUGUCGAGUGGAGAGGAUUUGAUGCCAAUGAGACCUUGAUUCAGCCUGGAGGCGCGCUAGGUGUACACGUGUCCCAGAUUGUGGUGGGCUCCUUUCGUGACAGAGCAGAAUCCAGGACGGCGUGGAAAACCGUGUGCAAGAAACUCCAGCAAGAGCGCAAAGCCUGGAAACAGGCACUCAUUCUACGCGCAGGGUCUUCUGACUGGAAUGCAUUGCGCUCGCUUAAAGACAAGCAGGCCAACACAAACUGGGCAGCUAAGCUCCUCGAUGACCCGGCCUGGUCUGGAAAGCUAAGCGCCCAUAUGUCAUCCAUCUUCUGCAAAGCACCACUGGCGCAGACAAGGGGAGCCAUGCAACCCCUACUAGAUGAAGUCACAAGGCAGUGCAAGGUGACCCCCUGGAAGCCCUUCUCCGAAUCAGAGAUGCGCAUCACAAUGGCCAAAUGGCAAAACCAUAAGGCCACUGGGCCAGAUGGAAUCGCCCUUGAAGCAUUGAAGCUGAUGUUUGAUGAUGAUGUGUGGCGGCCUUGGAUUGCAGAGCUCUUGAAUGAUAGCCUCUAUAGGGGUGCCCUUCCCCCUAGUGCAACGACCGGAGCCUCAGUCCUUUUACCGAAGUGCCUGCUGCCUGCAGAUUGGUCUGAUACCAGACCCAUCACGCUCUCAAGCGCAGUACUCAAGUGGAUCUCGCAGCUUCUCCUGCACAGGGGAGUUCCCCUCCUGCAGCCAUGCUGCCAGCACCAAUGGGCAAGCAAAGGCAAACAAGGAGUAGAACUCCUGCUCUCCCUUCGAAAACUUGCACGAGUAGCGCAUGAAUGGAGGACGCCGUUCUACAUAGUAAAGAUUGAUAUUGCGAAGGCGUUCGACUCAAUAGCGCAAGAGGCACUUGGAGAGCUUGUUGUAAGGAGAAUCGCCAGGGAAGGGGGCCUCCCCUGGGAAGCUAGGCUGUGGCUUAGCCUGCUUGAAGCUAGAGAGUUGACCUUCCAUGUUGACAAACGUCAAGUUUGCAUUCAACAGUCGAACGGGGUGAGGCAAGGUAGCCCCGACAGUCCCGUGCUUUUCGCCGCCAAGAUAGGAGAAGCUCUUGACGCCACCCUAGCUGCGGUCAAUGGGGGAGCACCCCCACACGUUGGCCGACACAAAGCGCUAGAGCCCCCGCCGCAUUCCGGAGCCGCUUUUAUGGAUGACACCUAUGUCUGGGGAGAAUCCCCAGAAUACGUGCAACAAGUCCUAGCCGAGCUGGAGGUCAGGCUCCGUGCCAUUGGACUGCUCAUCAAUGCAAAGAAAACGCAGGUCAUCUCCAACAUCGAUGAGGACCCCUUCCGGUUCACAAUCGGCGGCAAAACCGUCAAGCCUGACGGACCCAAAACCGUCAUGACCAUCCUAGGUGCCCCGGUCACCUUGGCUGGGGAUGUUGCCCCCAUUGUAGCCGAGAUGCAGGGAAGAGCAAGACGAGCUUUCCACAAACAUAAAAAGGUGCUUUGCUCGCGGGCCCCACUCAAAGACCGCCUCAACCUGCAUCAAACACUGGUGCGAGGAGCGGCACUCUGGGGAUGCCCAGCCUGGCCUGUGAAUGCCUCGCUGCUACAAGCAGCAAAUAGUACCCAGUUAUUGCAACUCCGCUGCAUGAUCACGGGGAAACGUCCCCCGAGUGAAGCUUGGCAAGAUUGGAACAAGCGCACCAUGCGCAGGGCGAGAGCCCUCCUCCAUCAACAUAAGUUUUUGAGAUGGUCGACCCAUGCACUCCAGCUUCAGUGGAACUUAUGGGGUCACAUAGGCCGGGCAUCUUUCGCCCCAACUUUUCACAUCAUGAGAUGGCGUGAUUUGUGCUGGUGGCGAGACCAGCAAGCCCUCCCACCGGGGCCCUUCCCCAGAGGUGUCCGUCACAUUGGACAUCACAACCCAGACCGUGACCCAGAACGUCAAAUCGGAUCAGUGGCUGGACCACAAUGGUGGAUUGCAGCCUCAGACCGCUCACUGUGGAGCCAUCUCCAAAAUGACUUCGUCGCAAAGUUUGAUCCGCCCUGGGCGAGUGGGAACCAACUCGCACUUCCGGGGGUGUGCUCAUUGUGUGGCGAGGGGCCCACCUUUGACAUCCUCGCAGUUCCCCCUUUUGUAGGACGCACGAGCCUCAUUCCUGUCGUUAGUCACUCGCGCCCGGGUCGUGCAGUGGUGCUUACCAUCGCAAUCAUGGGCACCUACCUCAUCUACGUGGGGAACUCGAUGCCUCCCGCGACUACGCCGACCAGCGGUUCCGAUGAUGACUCUGACAUGCCGCUAGCGCCGCCGGAGACCGGGGAGGAGAUCCAUGGAGAAGGAACCACCGGAUCCGAGCGACAGACCAACACGUCACCGACCGGGACCCGCUGGUACCACUCCAUUGACAGCAGCUAUGCCUUCCACUCCAAGCUCAUUGACCUCUCCGCCUACGGCAGCGACACCGACUCAUGCUCAAGGUGCAACUGCCUCUACAUCAACCAACAGAACCAACGGCCACCAGAGGAAGCCACGGAGGGGACGAACCCCUUGCCCGACGAGACCGAUGACACCCCGGUCAACCAACCGCCACAUGAAGCACCUCAACAAGUACCACACGAACAUCAACCAGAUCUACCUGCGAGCGACCCACGCUGUGCUCAACCACUACGACCUCACCAACCUCAACAAGAGCACAACGAGCAGCCUCCAAUAGGGAUGAGCCAGCUAUCCGACGAGCUGGAGAACUCUGCAUGUGGGGACACAACAGACCCCAAGCCCGACCAAACUGCGACGACAUGUGACGACCCAGCAUCGGGGAACCAAGACCCCCGCGCGGAGCCGGCUUCGACAGAUACAAUGCAAUCCGACCAAGACGAGGAUGAUGAAUGGAUCGAGAUCUACGACGAUGCGGAAGAAGCACCUCCUGCUGAAGAAGAUGAGGAUGGGUGGAUAAGUGAUGUCAGCGAUACCGAAGAGGAGGAUGAAGAAGACACGCUCCCCGCUGUAAGCAGGGCAUGGCAGCCAGAGGGUGAAGAACAAGGGGAACAUCAUCCCCCUGACGAGCUCUACGGCAUCAAGCUCUUCUACCAUGCCCUCAUCCAGUAUGACCCAGAUGCGACAAAGCUGCCACCCAAGCCCGACAUGAUCACCAACAACGAAUGGCUACCAACCCAUAUCGUCCUCAACCACAUUCCGCAACUAUCGAACAGCUCCUCAACCCAGUUACAGCUCGAUGGUACCUCGAACAAUCCUCUGCAAGUGGUCGACAACAGACCCGACUAUAUUCGCAAUCAAGGGGGAUACCCCACUACCCAGAUGGGAACAACGAGCUCACAGACAGACCAUGCCGGAGAUGUUCUCUUUACUCAGCCGCCGCACCUGACGGCCACAGCCCCGACCUCCCCCUCUUCGGCCAGUGGUCAGCCAACGCAACCAGACAUCUCCGACCUCGAGGACCAGGCUAACGUCGCAGUCCAACAGGGGAGAGCCCCUAGAUGGGAAAUCGAAGACGACAUCAACAGCAUGCGGUCGUCCAUACGGAUAGGCGAAGUCAGCUUUGACAUCUCGUGGCUUCAAGGAGCCGGUCCACCUACGCUGCCGCCAACUAUCCCAAUUGCGCCAAAUGUGGUCUUCAGCGCGAGGGGCACGGUUGCGGGAACCCUCAAUGGUGGCUUACAAAACGCAGAGUACGGCAUGGAGGCGGGUGAACUGCCUUUGCAGAGUGGCGAACAAUUUUUCCUCGAAUGGCAGGGCACCAAACGAGAGUGGGUGAGAAGGUUUCCCUUCUACACAGAUGAGGGGGAAUACCCCGGCAUCAUCGUCAUCUUCGUCAUCGUCGGCAGCCCAAAGGGGACGUUCCCCCACGCCUACAGCGAGCUCACAGACGACAGCCCAGAACAACAUCACGAUGCACAGCUUUGGGGCACACCCAAAAUCCAGACCACCACUGACCAGGGAAGUGGACGCCAGCACUACGACGUCAACCGCGACUACGACAUCGACCACUACAAAGACCAAUACCAACGAGGAUCAGAGUCCUGGAUCCCGGAAUCGGCCCCACAGACGUCAACCGAACUACUGCAAGCACUUACCAAAGUGAUCCAUGAGCUACUGCAAGCGUCUUUUUCACAGCCCAACGAGCAAGUUACUAUCCUGGCUUACAGAGCAUGCAGUUACUUGACUCAAAUGCAAACCCUGGGCCCCCCAUCCAGCAAUGCGCCUACCGUGGGGGAUGCACCCCAGCCACCGCCUACAGCUGCAACAUUUACACUGGACAACCUCCUCAUUGAGGCCGAUGCGACCCUCAACCAAUUACUUCAGGGCCACCGAGACAUCCCGCGCAGACACCUUUACAAUGAAAUGGCGCGAGUGGAGCAACUCCUCAGCGAUACCAAACACAUGUUGGCUGCUUGGGGUAAAGAUCCUGAAGUCCCAGGUGCACACGAAGGCAUUGCGGGGAUCAAAAAUGCCCUGGAUGCCAUGGACUGGUGCCACCUAGCCGUGGAAGAGGGCAACAUCGCACAGAUCGAGGAGACCCUACAGAUUGCAGUACAGGCCACUCAACGAAGUCGGAACUACAUGGAUAUGCUCAUCGCCUGGAUACAGAGCCGUUUCGAAGACGACGCCCUGAAGUGGAACUUCUACCCGAACGUGGAAACGAAGGAGGGGAAGAUGGACAAGCUCGACCUCCUCUACAGCGACGAUCCCAAACGCAGCCACAGAUGGAAGGCAGAACGGAAGCGGAGGCCAGCGUACGCCAACUUGUACACUUGGACCACGGCAAUAUGGGGGCAUCCCAUUCAGCUCGUGGAUUCCCCCGAGAACGAGGAGAUCCAGCAAGCCGAAACCCUCAUGGAAAUGGAAGGGGAUGCUACCCCUGCAAGCCAAGCUGAAACGGUGAUGGUGCCCGCGUACAACCGGGGGAGUGACCCCGCACUCGCCACAAGAGUGCCACGUGAAAGACAGCCUUCGCAUCGCCGACGUCGACUACAAGCGGCUUUGGCGAACACCAGUGGCAGCGAGUCCGAAUAG